AUGUCAACGGUUAAAGCCCUCAUUGCCGCGUCAGUGACGCUGGCGAUCCCUCUCGCCGCUGCCCAAGAACCCUCAUCUACCUCGGGCUACCCGUCAGCGAGUAUUGACUCUGGUCCAGUCAUAGGCACACAGACCAUCGUCGCCGGUUCAGAUAUCACAGUCAACCAGUACCUUGGGAUUCCUUUUGCACAGCCACCUAUCGGCGAGCUACGUUUUAGUCCAGCUCAACAAGUUGAGUCCUGGACGGACCCGUACGAGGCAACCCAGCAGCCGCCGGCGUGCAUGCAAGUCCAUGGCCGAGAUGAGUCUAACACGACAGAAUUGGCGCAUCUUCUAUUCAACAACCCACCGCCUCCGAGCGAGAGCGAAGACUGUCUAUAUCUGAGUGUUUACGCGCCGGCGGAUGCCGAGGGUCUACCUGUCCUCUUCUGGAUCUAUGGUGGCAGCAGUCUGUCUGGCGCGGUCUCGAUGCCACUGUACGACGGCACGUACCUGGCAGCUAACCAGGAUAUCAUCGUCGUGGCGGCCAACUACCGUGUCAAUGUGUUUGGCCAGCCGACGUCGCCAGCACUGUCAGUCGAAGAGAGCAACCCUGGUCAGUUAGACCAGCACCUCGCUCUCAGUUGGGUGCAGCGCAAUAUCGAGGCCUUCGGCGGUGAUCCUGCAAAGGUCACUAUCGUGGGCGAGUCAGCGGGCGCACUUUCUGUCAGUAACUUGAUGCUCGCCUUCGGCGACGAGCCUCCGUUCCGGGCUGCAAUCCAGAUGUCGAGAGGCGCAGACCUUCCUCUGUUGUUGAAUACCGGAGUCGACUCGUGGGCGGCAUUGGUGGGCCUGCUUGGCUGCAAUGCAACGUCAGAAGCCGACGAGCUUGCCUGCAUGCGUGAAGUAGACGCAGAGACAACGAGGGACACCGUCAUCGACAGCGGCCUGUCCUUCUCGGCCCUCCCACCGGACAACGUCACCGUCUUUGACAACCCAGCCGCCCAAUUUCUGAGCGGUAACUUCUCCAAAAUCCCACUCAUGACAGGCUACACAGCCGACGACGGCAGCUACUUUGCGCUCAUCGCCAACACCACCAUCGACGCCCUAGCCUCGAGCACGUUCCCCGAACUCGCCGCUCUCUACGGCGAAGGCGGCCCCGCUGUGCAAGACACCAGCAACGACUUCGAGCGCGUCUCCGCCCUGCUCACCGACCUAGCCUUCAAAUGCGUUGCGGGCUUCCACUCGAACUGGACGACCCUUUUCCAAGACGCGCCUGUGUGGGAGUACGAGUUCAACGGCACGGUGCCCACCAACUCAUUCACCCAAUGGCCGCAGCUCGGCGCGUGGCAUGCCGGCGAGAUUCAGUACGUGUUCGGGACCUACGACCGGGGGAACGCCACCGAGAUCGACGUCGCCCUCAGCGAGAUGAUGCAGAAGCAGUUUGCAGAUUUCGUCAAGGAUCCCGAGCGGGGUCCUGGUUGGGCGCCGUGGCCGGCAAUCGCGGUGCUGAACGCGGAGACGGUGGACUCGGAGGCUGAGACGACGGUGGUUGAUGAUGUGAACGAGUUGAACCCGCAGUGCGUACUGUUCAACGACUACUUCUAUCUGCCGCAAUUGCUGGAGCAGGUGGGUGAGGAACAGGUCGCUGGGGUGACAGAGCUUCUGAGUGGCAAUAGCUCGUCGCCUGGAGGUGCGGCGGAAGAGGCGGUUGAUACCAGUGCUGCACGGAGACUCCAAGACUCUACGGUGCGAUUGACGGUAGUCGUUGCGAUGCUACUGGGACUGGCUGUUGUUGGAUAA